AGUAUGCUGUGCAAUUUCUCGGUUCUCCUGUUCUUCCUCUUUCACUGCCCGCCUGAAGCGAGGAAAAGUUUCGAAAUGGGCGAGAGAACGCUUCGACACCAGACCCGCGACGCCCCCCGGCCGGGCUGGAGCAGCGCUGACCUCCUCGAUGUGGCGACCCUUUGGCAGCGCUCGAUCCUCCGGGUGGCACAGUCUCCCUCGGUCCAGCCUCCACCCGGAAAAGCAAGAGAACGCUGAUUCCUGAACCGGCCCAGCGCCCUGCCCUCUUCCUGGGGGAGUUGUAAUAGAAAGCACCGCGCUGUGAUUCACCCGCGAGUGUAGAGGGAGGAGGCGAAGAUUGCGGGACCAGAGCUAAGUUAGAAGCAGAGGGGCUCCGGUGCCUCGCCUAGGCGGGGCUCUCGGAACGAAGAGCUCUGGACCUACGACACCCUCCGGGCCGGGGACCCGGCUGCGUCCCCAAGCGUCCCAGCUGCCUGGAAGAGGGAUCACAAUCGGGUCUACAGAAGAGGAGUGUUUAGUGGGGAGGGAACGAUUAGGAAACUCUUUUUGCUCCUUUGGCGCCCUGGAGAGUGUAUGGGAGUUGGCGAACUCCUAGAAGACCUGGACCCCAAGGGAGUCCGGGAAACGUGGAGGAGGUGAUCCGACCGAACAGGACCGCUGUGCACCGCCCCCGCGCGCCCAGGACAGCCGGGCUCCAGCACUGAACGCGCUGUGGCACCAAAGCUCCCGCCCCCUGAGACUGUGGAUCCGUGCUUGCUUUUUAUUUCUCUUGAGAACUUUUGAGUGGAGAGACUAACUUUUUUGCGGGUGUACAGAAGCGGCUCUGGGGAGCGAGAAGGGCAAAGUGAAAUCGGAGGAAGGAGAGCCGCCUCUCUUAGUUUCCCGCUGGCCAGAGGUUUAAGCGUCUAGUCUAGAAGGUCAUGGUCUUGGGGACUUGGUGACGGCCGGGCCAGCUAGGCUUGCUUUCCCAGCAGCGCAGACCUAGCUGUGGGGUCACUUCUCCGCUUGCAUGUACGCACCAGCCGUGGCGCGGGGUGCAGGACUCUGCUCGCCUGGCCUCAGCCGGGAUCCGAGUGUAUGGACGCCCAGGGCUGCGCCGGGCCACCGCCUCCGCCUCCUGCGCAGGCCCGGAGCUGGUCUGGAAGAGUGGUAGCUAUGGCUGCCCUGACAGGAUUCUGGGUCCUGAGCCUUUUCGCCUAUGGCUACCUGUCCUGGAGCCAGCGCUUAGAGAAGGAGGACGGGUCCUGGCGAGCUCUAGUUGCGGAAAGACCCGGGCCCUCGCAGCCUCAUCUUAUCUUCAUCCUAGCUGAUGAUCAGGGAUUUAGAGAUGUGGGCUACCACGGUUCUGAGAUAAGGACGCCCACUCUGGAUAAGCUCGCUGCCGAAGGAGUUAAACUGGAGAACUACUAUGUUCAGCCCAUUUGCACACCGUCCAGGAGUCAGUUUAUUACUGGAAAGUAUCAGAUACACACAGGUCUUCAACAUUCUAUCAUAAGACCUACCCAACCCAACUGUUUACCUCUGGAUAAUGCAACCCUACCUCAGAAACUGAAAGAAGUUGGAUAUUCAACACAUAUGGUGGGAAAAUGGCACUUAGGAUUUUAUAGGAAAGAAUGCAUGCCCACCAAGAGAGGGUUUGAUACCUUUUUUGGUUCCCUUUUGGGAAGUGGUGAUUACUAUACACACUACAAAUGUGACAGUCCAGGCAUGUGUGGCUAUGACUUGUAUGAGAAUGACAAUGCUGCCUGGGACCAUGACAAUGGCAUAUACUCCACACAGAUGUAUACACAAAGAGUGCAGCAAAUCCUAGCUUCUCAUAACCCCACAGAGCCUUUAUUUUUAUAUAUUGCCUACCAAGCUGUCCACUCACCACUGCAAGCCCCAGGAAAGUACUUUGAACACUACCGAUCCAUUAUCAACAUAAACCGUCGCAGAUAUGCUGCCAUGCUUUCCUGCUUGGAUGAAGCGAUUCACAAUGUGACCCUGGCCCUGAAGGCAUAUGGUUUCUAUAACAACAGCAUUAUCAUUUACUCUUCAGAUAAUGGUGGCCAGCCUACUGCAGGAGGAAGUAAUUGGCCUCUUAGAGGUAGCAAAGGAACAUAUUGGGAAGGGGGGAUCCGAGCUGUUGGCUUUGUGCACAGCCCACUUCUGAAAAACAAGGGAACUGUAUGUAAGGAACUCGUGCACAUCACCGACUGGUACCCCACUUUAAUUUCACUGGCUGAAGGACAGAUUGAUGAAGACACUGAACUCGAUGGCUACGAUGUUUGGGAGACCAUUAGUGAAGGCCUUCGUUCGCCCCGAGUGGAUAUUUUGCAUAACAUUGACCCCAUUUAUACCAAGGCAAAAAAUGGAUCCUGGGCAGCAGGUUAUGGGAUCUGGAACACAGCGAUCCAGUCAGCCAUCAGGGUGCAGCACUGGAAGCUUCUCACAGGAAACCCUGGCUACAGUGACUGGGUUCCCCCUCAGUCUUUCAGCAACCUGGGGCCAAAUAGGUGGCACAAUGAACGGAUUACCUUGUCGACUGGCAAGAGCAUAUGGCUUUUCAACAUCACAGCUGACCCAUACGAGAGGGUAGACCUCUCCAGCAGAUACCCAGGCAUCGUGAAGAAGCUCCUGAAGAGGCUUUCCCAGUUCAACAAGACUGCAGUGCCUGUUAGAUACCCACCCAAAGACCCCAGGAGUAACCCUCGGCUUAAUGGAGGAGUCUGGGGACCAUGGUACAAAGAGGAAAACAAGAAAAAGAAAGCAAACAAAAAUAAAGCAGAGAAAAAGAAAAAGAAAAGUAAGACCAAGAAGAAGAAACAGCCAAAAGUGCGCUCAUCCCCAAAUUGCCAUUCAGGUAUUACUCCUGGUUAAGUAAGUACGAGUGUUUUUCUAUUUAGUUAAAUAGUUUAGCAUAGAAACCCAGUCUUACACCUGUUUCCUAAGUAAAUCAGCAAAUUUUGCUCAGAAAUAUCACUGCCAUAGGAUUGGGCUUGUAUUCAUGCUGUGCCCCAGACUUCAGCCACCUGGCUGCCACCUGGAAACGGUGCUGCAUGGUACCAAAGGUGCUGCUUCUGGAAAUCACACUCAGAGGAGACUGGAGGUGUUGACUCGUCUUUGUCCUUUUAAAGGGUGGUCAGUCAUGGUCUUCACUGCUGUGUUUCUUUCAACUGACCAAACACUACGCUCAGUUAUGAAAGGAGACUUAGCUUGCCAGUGAUGAGAAUGCUAAUCUAAUAGACAUUACAGGGUCCUAUGAUCAAAAACUACUUUUCAUAUAGUUAAAGGUUGUGUCACCUGAAUGGCCUUGAAAAAUAUUUUUUCUCAGUGAAUUUUUGUAUCUUUCAUAUGACACUUGGGUUUUUAAAUUAAUUAUAUUUCAUGUAUAAUUUCCUUUCCUGUGAAAAUAAGCUGUUUUUUUCACGUAUGAACAGCCUGCACCUCACUUUAUCAUGCAUGAGGGAAAGACAAAUAAGAAUGCUUGAGCACACUGCCAAAAAUGAAUGUAACUGUUUCUAAACACUUUAAUAAAGUAACAUUUCAAUAUAAAA